GUUUAAGCCAUAAAUAGCCCAGUGUCGAUUCACGUUUUUGGUCCUCUACUCACCAACCAACUCUCCUGCGUCUCACUUGCUGUACUCCAGCUAAUCCAUCACAGAACAGCGCAGGAGCGAUGUCAGAGGAGCACCAGACCAACCUGUCCUCGCGCUACGAGCAGCAGCUGCUGUCCGGCGACUCGUCCAGGCCGAGCGUCAUCCCCGCUGUGGUGAUCACGGGCUUCCUGGGCAGCGGCAAGACCACCCUGGUGCAGCACAUCCUCAGGAACAGGGGCUCCCUGCGCAUUGCGGUGCUGGUGAACGAAGUGGGGCACAUCGAUGUGGACUCGCAGCUGCUCAACGCCAAGCAGAGCAACGCGGCUCUGGGUGUGCCCGCCUCCGACCUGUCGGGCGGCUGCGUGUGCUGCUCGCGGUGGGAGGACCUGCAGGCGGCGCUGAGGCAGCUGAGGGAGCCGGG